AUGAUUCUCUCAUUGGUUGUGGCUGUUGUGCAAAUUUAUACAUUAUCCUAUUUCAGAAGAUUUGAGAAUACUAUCCAUUUUGCAAGUACACUUUGCUCAGUUGGUGCUAGCAUUGGAGUGUUGGUAUCAUCAUUGGUGAAUUCUAAAAUGGAAGACAUGAUGGGAAUUGCAAUGUUUUUCGGAAUAGUUCUUGGAUUGUCACUUAUCUUCUCCAUUAUUGGUGUAUUGAUUGGAGAAAUUUACACUAGAUCAAUCAUGAGAAGAAUACGGUCAAUAAUGAAAUCUCCAUCUGCUGUUGUUGGCCAUAUGGCUAGUAGGAAUUCCUAUUCUCGACAAGACUCUUAUUCUACAGAGAAAGAAUCGGCCGAAAUCUAUCUUUCAUUAGAAAAUUCUCUAAGACAACUGAAAUUGUUUUUGAGAUUUUGCUCUUCCGCACAAGAUAUUGAAUUGGUGGUUUCAUUUAUUAAGGGAAUUUCCACAAAGAAACAGUUUAAUGAUCCCAAGUUGAUAACAACUUCAGCCAUAAUGAUCGGACACAGAUGGAAUGAUACAAAUAGGUAUAAUUUUUCAGUUUAUCUAUUAAAGAAAGCCUCUCGUUUAGGAGGAAAUUAUUGGGAAACUCUCAAUAUGCAUUAUAGAGUGAAACAAUUUGAAAGAGAUCAAAGUAAUUUGUCAUUUCAAGGUCGGUACACAUUAGAGAUUAAGAAUGCAAUUUCUAUUCUUGAAAAGAAACAAGAGGAGCUCAAAAUUGCUCAUAAAGCAUUCUGGAAAGAGCUUACUAUUGAAAGGCCAAAUACAUCAAAGCUAGCCAAUUUAAACUCUCUUUCAGCAAAAUUAACUAGGCAUUGUGAUGAAAAUUUCGGAAUCUUGAUGAAGAAUUUCCCACAUGAUAAAACUGUUAUACGGCACUAUGCUAAAUAUGUGGAAUCCAUCAAGUUGGACAAAAACUUAUCAAGUCAACUGUUUGAAGAAGCGACAGUUCUAGAAGAUAAGGAAUCAAAUCAUUACAAACAACCAAACUUGAAACGAAAUUUAAGGUCAAGUUUGAGAAUCUACCCUGUUGAUAGAAAGGCCUUCAGAGAAGAUGAUGAUGAAAUUCUCACAAACAAACAAGAUUUUGAAGGAAUAGAAAAUCUCUCAGAGAACAAAAAGGAAGAAGCUUUGCGAAAUGCUCUCAGCUCUCCUUACCAAUCCAAAAUAAGAACAAUUGCUUAUGCUUUCAUGUUCUCCUUAUGUAUUGCUACGGUGGUUGUUUGUUUUGCAUUAACUAAUUAUUAUCAAACAUUAUUAUCAAAAUAUCCUCUUAUUAAGGAUUCAUGUUAUAUCCAGAGUACUUAUGGUGGUUUAUUUAGAAAUUUGAGAAUGGCUCAGAUAGUUUGGGAGUUUUAUGAUGAUUUAAAAACUCCAUUUCCAUUGGUUAAUACAACAGAAUACGAUAAUAUACAAUUGUUCAACAGCACCUUUAUGGAAAAGAUUGAACUAAAGAGAGAAGCGUUAAGAAAGUUGGAGGAGAACUCCAAUUCAGGCGUAUUUACACCUGGAAUGUUUACUGAUUUUACAAUAGAAGAUAAGCUUAUCAAUAUUCCACUCCCUAACGAUACAGGAAUAAGGAAAGAGUUUACUAACAUUUUUAAAAGAUAUGCUUCUUCAAGAGAAGUAAACUCCGUCAUUUUGGAACACAUUGAAAAUUCAGUUAUGAAUGGAAAGAUGAAAUUUUAUGAAGUUGUAACGAGAAGAACAGGAGCUGAUGCUUUCUUAGCAUUUUGUAAAUCGAUGCAAGUUAGCCAAAAGACCUUUAUCGAUGAAACUAGAAAUCUCUUACUCAAUAUUGUUAUUGGCAUUGCCAGUUACAUGGUGAGAGUUUCUAAUAGAAUGACUCAAAGAUUGAAUGAAAUAUUUUCAUAUAAGGUACUACCUCUUGGAAAAGCUGUUAAUCAUCCAGCUGUUGUCACUAGUGCACUUGCUGAUCAAUACAGAUUAGAAAAUAGAGAUCACGUGCAAAUAUUACAUUCAAGUUACAAUCAAAUAGUAUAUGGAUCAAAUAAUACUGACAAGCUAAUAGGAAUUUUUGAUGAAAUAGAUGAAAUGUUAAUUGGUUCAAAUUGUAAUACUACUGAGCACAUGAAUAAUUGUACAAGCCUCAUUGAUUUAAUCACGUUUUUCUGUGUUAAAGCUGCAGAAGCCACAGAGAACUUAUUCAAUCCUCUAAAUGCUAAGAAAACCAUUGAAAAAUUUUAUGAUGUUUUGUAUCUUUACAACUUGAAUGACUUUGUUACAACUAGAAUCAAUCACUUUUUAGAUUUGAUAGUAAAAUAUACUGAAAGCCCAAAUAGAACUCUCUCAAUAAUUGUAUUAUGCAUAACUAUAAUUUCUAUGCUAGUACUGGGAUGGUACUUCUAUAGAUGCAUAACAGAGUUUGACAAUGAGAUGACUAUCCUUAGAUCCUUCCUUGCAUAUGUCCCAUCAGAGUGGAUAGAAUCUAAUGAAGAGUUUAAAAACUUUGUAUUUUACAAAACUAUUCCCAUGUGGAAUUUCAAGAAAUCAAAUUCUGCAGUUAAAGGUUCAGAUGCAGUUAGUAAUAUUCUACAAUCAAUGAUUGAUGGAGCUUUCAUAGCAAAUGAAAAAUCAGAAAUCCUAUUAUUCAACAAUGCAGCUCAAAAGAUGUUCUCCAAGAACCCGUCUGAAGUUAUGGGAUUACCUAUGCAACAUUUGUUUGACUCAUCUCAUGAAACUGCGUUGAAACAAUUCAUAGAUAACAGAAACAAGUAUUUGGAAUCACAAGGAGGUGAGCUAUAUGAAGUAGAUUGUGUAAGAAAAAAUCAAACAAGAUUCCCAGCUUCCCUCAAUCUGUUUGUUACCAGGAAUGAGGAUAAAAAGACAAUUAUUGUUGGAUUUUUCAAAGAUAUAACUAUGGAGAAGAAACAGAAUAAUCUUCUCAAUGAAGAAAAGAAGAAUUCAGAUAUAUUACUUAGGAAUAUCCUUCCAGAAGCAGUUGCCAUCAAAUUGAAAUCAGGCGAAACUGAAAUUGCAGAAAAAUUCCAAGAUAUUACUUGUUUCUUUUCGGAUAUCUUUGUAUGUUCAGGAACACAAUAUUCACCAAUGGGAAUGUCUUCCUCCUCCAUGAGAACCAUAACAGGUCAUUCAAAGAGAACUGUGAUGAGAGCAGAAGUGGCAACAACCAUAUAUUUUUGUGUGGGAGGUCUUCAUAAUUAUCCUCAAUCAGAUCACCCAGAACGUUCUCUUCGUUUCUCCAUUGAUACUCUCUCUGUAAUUCACAAAUAUAACGAAGAAAACAAUAAGAAGGUCAAUAUUAGAAUUGGUUUAAAUACUGGAAGUGUUAUUGCUGGAGUUUUGGGUAAGAAAAAGUUUGCUUACGAUUUAUGGGGAGAUACUAUUAAUUUUGCCUCAAGAAUGGAAUCAACUUCAUUACCUGGAAGAAUUCAUAUUUCCAGAUCUACCUAUGAAAGAGUUUAUGAUUUAGGAAUGGAAUUUGAAGAAAGAAUGGUGGAAGUGAAAGGAAAAGGACUAUGUAAAACAUAUCUUUUGAAGGAUAAGUAUCAUGUCAAUCCAAUUGAUACUGAAGUUAUUGAAGCAACAAAGUUUGAUGAGGAAAUGAAUGAAAUCACUGAAGGUACAUCAUUGGUUGGUGAUGGAUUGGUCAGGCAUACAGGUGAAUAA